GCGUUCGGGGAGAGAAGCGUCCAUGGCGUCACCAACGGACAGAGGCGACUCGACAGCAUAAGACAAGUCAAAGGAUCAUGGUUCCAGCCGCAAAGCCCUUCAAAGAUCAAAAGUACCACGAGCUCAAGAAGCAAUGUAUCCAGAGCAGGCAACUCUUCGAAGAUCCAGAAUUUCCGGCCAAGGACGAAUCCCUCUUCUUCAGCAGGCCGCUUCCCGGAAAGGUGCAGUGGAAACGUCCUAAGGAAAUCUGUGAGGACCCGCGCCUGUUCGUGGACGGCAUCAGCUCUCAUGACUUGCAUCAGGGCAAGCUGGGGAACUGCUGGUUCGUGGCGGCCUGCUCCUGCCUGGCCCUCCGGCCCUCUCUCUGGACAAAGGUGAUCCCCAAGGCCAAGGAGCAAGAGUGGGACCCCAGGAAGCGGCCGGAGUGCUACGCGGGGAUAUUCCACUUCCGAUUUUGGUGCUUUGGAGAGUGGCUGGACGUGGUCGUCGAUGACCUGCUGCCCACCAUCCACGGAGAGCUCAUCUUCUGCCACUCCAACGUCCAGAACGAGUUCUGGAGUGCCCUGCUGGAGAAAGCCUAUGCCAAGCUGGCGGGCUGCUAUGAGGCCCUGGACGGCGGGAGCACCGUGGACGCCCUGGUGGACUUCACCGGAGGCUUGGCCGAGUCCAUCGACCUGCGCAAGGGCCGCUACGGCGAGCACAUCACGGAGCAGACCAAGCUGUUCGAGGACAUACUCAAGGCACACCGCCGCGGCGGGCUCAUCAGCUGCUCCAUCCUGCCGCUGUCGCCUACGGAUCGGGAGGUGGAGACGGCGCACGGGCUGGUGAAGGGCCAUGCCUAUUCGGUGACGGACGUGCGGAAGGUGCGCCUCGGGGACCGGCUCCUGGCCAUCUUCCGGGCGGAGAAGCUCUUCAUGGUCCGGAUGAGGAAUCCCUGGGGCAGGCGCGAGUGGAGCGGCCCCUGGAGUGACGACUCCGAAGAGUGGCAGAGAGUGAGCCGGGCAGAGCGGGCGAACCUGGGCCUGACCGUGGCAGACGACGGAGAGUUCUGGAUGGCAUUCGAGGACUGGUGCAGCCACUUCACCGACGUGGACAUCUGCCACAACGUGAACACGUCCGUCUUCAGCCUCCGCAAGACGUGGGAGCAGGCGGUGGCGCGCGGGGCCUGGGUCCCCCACCAGGAGCCCCUCCACAACCGCGCCGGAGGCUGCUUCAACAACCGCGACACCUUCCUGCAAAACCCCCAGUACGUCUUUGACAUCAAGAAGGCAGAGGACCAAGUGCUGAUCUCCCUGCAGCAGCGAGACCAGCGGAUUCACCGGAAAGAGGGCUGCGGAGAUAACUUCACCAUCGGCUUUUCGCUCUUCAAGGUGGAGGAGAACCGGCGUUUCCGGAUCCACCACAUGCACAUCCAGGAGCACACGUCCACUUCCACGUACGCGGACACACGGGCCAUGUUCCUGAGGAAACUUCUGCCGCGGGGCCGCUACGUCCUCAUCCCCACCACCUUCCAGCCCGGGGACGCCAGCGACUUCCUCCUGAGGCUCUUCACCGACGGGCCCGCCUGCUUCCAGGAGCUAAAGCUGGACAAACCGAAGGUGACCUGCCGGAGCCUGCUGUGUGGCUUCCCCCGCGGGGUGACCCAGCUGGUGGUCCGCAGUGCCGGGGGCCUGGUGCCGCGGGGCCAGGCUGGGGGCGUCGACCCCUACGUGGUGAUCCAGUGUGGCGGAGAGCGAAUCCGCUCCACCGUGCAGAGGAACACCGUUGAUGCCGUGUUCAACACCCAGGCCGUUUUCUACAGAAAAGACUUCAAGGAUCCACUGGUGGUGCAGGUCUGGAACAGCAAACUCCUCUGCGACCAGCUCCUGGGGCAGGUGGUCUUAGUGGCCACCCCUGAUGCCCCUCGGGACCAGCAGACCCUGCCGCUGCAGGGGAAGGGCCAGGGCCAGGCUGCGUCGGGCCACGUGACCCUCAGGGUGGUCUCCAGCGACAGCCUCCUGGAGCUGUGACUUCCCGGGCCCAAGACCCCUGCGAGGACAAGGGAGAACAGCAGACGGGCGGCUCUCCGUACAUCCUCGCUCCCGUCUGCUACAUCCACGGUUUGGACCCUUUCUUGUUCCCCACAGCACCGGGACUGGUCGGGUACUAGCUGAAGCUGCCCCCUCCACUGCGGCCACGAAUGGUGACUGUAGUAAUGACCCCCUUCCCUCCUGCUCCCGGGGGUUACUGCUCCCUGCCUCUCCGUGGGCGCCAGGCUGAGGCCACCAUCUGUUGCCAGGCCCCCUCGGUGGUCCUCUGACCGGCCAGGUGCCCACGCCACCUCCCCGGGAAUUGGCACAGGCCAACCCGUUCCGUCGCUCACAUCCUGCCUCCUAUCUCCCCGGAGGGGCAGAGAACAGCAGCUGCAACGGGAAUCCCAGUGGGGUCCGGGUGAUGCGGUGCCUACAAUGUACCCGUCUGAGCCCCUUGGAGCCCAAAAUCCCGCUUCACAGCCGCAGCCCCCGCUGCUGAAUUUUUUGUGGAUUUGUCUGUGUUGCUUUAUUAUUAUUUUUUUUAACACUUCAGUCCUUUCUCUUCCCUUAUACUGUUAGAUUGGGAGUCCUUGUCUAAU